AUGCUAGCGAACGGCAUCGGAUCUUCCCUCUUCCUAGUUGCCUCCUUUUCGCUCACCAUCAUGAUCGACCGAUACGGUCGACGGAAGCCACUAAUUAUCGGCCCAAGCCUCAUGGGCAUCUGCAUGAUUGUUGUUGGCAUGUUACUAGUUGGCUACGGCUCGCCGCAUUUCGAUGCUGAAUCCCAGCAGUUGAAAUACAGUUUUGCGAACCUCAAUGCCGGCAAUGCUGCUGUGGCAUUUGUGUUUCUAUACAUGAUUUCUUUUGGAUCGACGUGCGCUGCGUUGCCCUGGACUUAUCAGAAUGAGGUGUUCCCUGUCUCGGCAAGGGGAAGAGGGACUGCACUUUCUGCCUGCAUUAAUUGGUUUGCGAAUUUUUGGCUCGGUUUAUAUAUGCCUGAAGCGUUAAAUAAGGCUGCGUGGAAGAUAUACUUCGUUUUCGGGGGUAUUUGCAUCGCGACUUCUUUUGUUACGUAUUUGUUCUAUCCGGAGACUGCGCAGCGGUCGCUAGAGGAGCUUGAUUUGUUGUUCACGCCCAAUCGGCGUAAGCUGGUUUGUUUUGACUGGGAGGCAUGUCAGAAGGGGUCAUUGCUGCAUCGUGAUUUCGAGGGCGUUGAGGUGGCACAGCAGCUGGAGACUGCGCUAGUCAUGGGAGGGAUUCAGAAGACAGUGUGA